UUCAAACAGAAAGAAAUGUACAAAAGUCAUUUGCAUCGGCUUUUAUUGUUUAUGUAAAAUGUAUUUUAAUUUUAAAACCAGUAUUAAUUGGAUAAAAGUAACCAAUGUUUAAAAACAGUUUUUCUUUUUAUUACAAAACAUAAAAUCACAUAACUUUUAUUUUUUCAACGAAUUAUUACUUUAUAUGAAUGAAAUUUCUUUUAUAUCUUUUUCUGUGCGUGUAGAGAGCGGAUAUGAAGAGAGGUGGAAAAUAGGACAACACGAUGAUAUCGCCGAUUCCCGCAAAUUUCGAUAUAUUCAAUAUUGUAUACACACUUAAAUUCGUUUAAUGCCAAGAGAACAGUUCCAUCAUAAAGACAAAUCAUUUUUAAAGUGUUUAGUGAAUGUUUUGAACAAAAUAUUAAAUAAUGUAUGACUAAAGGCACGACCAUUAAUGCUAAAAGAUUUACGUUAUAUAUUCUCAUUAAUCGUCUUGCCAGAUUGGAAAACGCAAAAUUUAAAAACAAUUAUUUACAUAAAUCAAAUGAAUACGUAAACAAUUGUAUUUAUUCGUCAACCGUGAGGAAAAACAACUUUGAGUAAUCAAGAUUUAUUUAAUAUUUAAACUUUGUGAACAUGUGGAAAAGUAAUAUAUACUAUAAUAUAGUGUUCAAAACAUUGAAAUGAAAUAAAGAACAAGUAAAUUAAAAGAAAUGGACAAUAGCACAAUAAAAAGUAUCACGAUGCGAAAUAACACAAGGGAAAAUAUCACGUUGAGACAGAAUACAAUGGCAAAUAAGGAUAUUUUAACAACGAUACAAUGGGAAAUUGCAGAAAGACUGGUGCCUGCUACAGUGAUCUUAUAUGUGCUUGUUAUUAUCGGUAUCUUUGGUAAUAUCAUGGCAAUAGUAUUUUACAUGCGAUCAUCAAAACGUACACCACCAACGUUACUGAUUACAUGUAUGGCCGCUGCUGACUUAGGGACAUGCCUUGCAGGUAUUCCAGUCAUUUCAGAGAUGAUCGUAAACGUGAACUAUUCUCUUGCAAUCGCAUGUAAGCUCACUCAUUUCUUUGGCCUCUGGGCUGGUGCAAGUGCUUGUUUCGUACUAUGGCUGAUCUCAAUUGAUAGGUACAGGAAGAUCUGUUAUCCAUUAGCUAAACAAAUGACAAUUUCGACUGUAAAAUAUUUAGUUGUUGGUGUUACAUCAUUUGCAUUGCUGUUGGCAAUAAGAUUUCUGGUAACUUUCGACUCUGUUGAAGUAAAUGUUAUGGUACAUGACGACAAUACAACAGUAAAAGGACUUUACUGCACUACAAGUGACGAUUAUAAACUAAUUGCUCUUGUUUUCUACGCCAUUGACUUUUUAUUUAUCUUAAUGAUUUGGAUAACUGUGGUAGUAACUUACUCUAAAAUUAUUUAUACUAUAAUAACGAGAAGAGUUUUUCUGACAAAGUCGUUACCUCCAGAACAAAAUAGUCGAACCGUUUCAAAAUCAAGGAGUUCAAAAAUUGAUGGAGAGGUGAACUUUUCCAAAAAGAGUGAAAAUGCCAAUACCGGGGUUAAUCCGACAAGGAAUCUUUCGGACGUUGAAUUAGAUGACAUGUCUAUAUCUGAAAUGAAAACGGAUGUAACCGAGGUAUAUACAGUAACAAUAUCUACUGAUGAACAAACAGACAAGCAGAGUAACAACAGAUCAACAAAAUUUGAUUAUUCAAGUAUCAGGAAACCAUCUGAAGUAAAACUUACACUCAUGGUCUUCGCUGUGACAAUGAUUUUUAUUCUUUGUUUCACCCCAUACUUUGCAAUCCGCAUUUUCAUAAGAAUAGUGUUGGAUUCUGGAAAUGAAUAUGAUUUUAACGCCGGUCUUCAAUUUGCUUUAAAAUUACCGUACAUAAAUAGCGCCCUUAACCCAGUAAUCUAUUAUAUCUUUAAUCCAAAUUUUAGGCGCUACAUCUUUGCUUGUUUAGGUAAAUGUCGGUCUUGUUAAUUUGUGAAAGCUCGAUCCGACAAAAUGAUUAGCACAUACUGUUAAGGAGAAACUUAGAAAACUGUCCGGUCUAUGAGAGAGUGGACAGACCGAGGAAAUAAGUUAAUGAUUUAAUAAACAAUUAUUAUGGAAAUGGAAAGUGAUUAUUAUGGAAAAUUUCUUUAAACUUUGAACAUGUCUCUUUUAAUUAAUAUUGGACAUUUGAUUCCUGUAUAUACCAUGCAAACAUUCAACAACAACAAAAAAUAAUAAUAAAAAUUGUGUUAGAAAACUUAUACUUUUUUGCUUUUUUGUAUACACAUGUAUGCGCAGAAAUAUAAGAAAGUAAUUUUCCCUUUGGCGUUUGAAAUCUUGAAAAUUAUCGGAAAAAACAAAAGCAGCAGUAUGCAUAUUUUUCAUUAUCUUCUCAUUUAAAUUUUAAUCAAUCAUUCUGAUUUCAUAUUUUCUUUUUUAUUUCAUUGUUUUAUUUAUAAUUAACAAAUUUAUUUUCCUUUGUUGGUUUCUAUUGAAACAUAUCAAAGUUAUCAAAAACCUAUAUGGUCCGCAAAUGUUUAAACAGCAAAUUCUUUACAAUUGUUGCACCUAGUCAUUUACA